AUGUCUGAUUCGACCAAGAUGGUUGGGUUGCACGACGUCGAAGGCGACAGUCCACUCGAGAAGUUCCUCAAGCUAUAUGCCAAGGCGCAGAGGCAGUAUAACAAGCUUCAACUCCUCAACACGCAAAGGACUGCUGAAAUGGCAAAGUAUUUGGAUAACCUCAGAUUCACCCAAGAGACGGCAGCGGGUAUAUUGAAGACCUGGACCACCGAGGCCAGGAAACGAGGCCCGGACGAUUCUGGUGUUGAAUCUUUCAAGAAUUUAGAUCAACAGCUACAUGACGACGUGACGUCGACGCGAGAGCAGUCGCGGGCUGUGAUGGACAUCGACUCCCAGGCGGGUACGAUGCAGUAUCAGCUCGCAAACAUCGAAUCCGAGAUGGUAACGGCUUUGGGAGAGUAUCUGAGCACGUUGCCAGGCUGCAAGCACCUGUUGGAGCGCAUGCACAAUUUACCCUCUGAAAGGCCGUCCACCCCGUCCGAUCGGUCUGAGGAGAUACCCGAGCAGGUACAGGCCUACUUUGAUGCUGUUGGAGAAUCGUCCAUCUUAAGGGAGUGUAUCUCCGAUCUGACUUUCACGUACGACGAAGAACGUGAGCAGCGCGAUUUCCGCAGAGAUCAGGAGAUAGAGCCAAGCACGCCCGAUUCCAUCUUCGAAUCGCGCCACAGCAAAGCUCAUGAAAAGCUGGUCGAGGAUCUCGCGCAGAAAUUGAAGACUGUGGAAGAUACCAGAGGGCUAUGCGAGGAUCUUGGGAUGGAUCCAGACUCGUUCCGCCGCCGCGAAGCUUCAUUUGUCCCCGAGCACCGCUUCCCGACAGCAUUUGAUGUUCGCCCAAACUGGCCAGGCCGGAGCACGCUCGACGAAGGAAUGCUCAACGCCGAACGGUUGGAAGGGUGGCUGGCAAGCACCACCGACGUGGACAGUAGCGAGGAGGCUUCCAGGAAGAAGUAG